CCUCGGCCGCUCCGCCAUCUUUGUCGGCUGCCCAUUUCUCCAUUGUUCGCUCAGGAGCUUCCCUCGGCGGCGGCGGCGGCGGCGGCAUUUUAGUUCCUACUGCGCCACAUUAAAAAAAGAAAUUAAAAAAAAAAACGACAAAAAAAAAGAAAGAAGAAGAAACAAGCGGUCGGUGUCACAGGCGAGCUGCCCGCGACGCUCGUGGAUUAGCACCCCGCGGUUGCGACACGUUCUCGGCCAGGAUGGACGAUGACCAGCCUAAAACGCUGUACGUGGGGAACCUGUCGCGGGAUGUGACAGAAGCCCUCAUCCUGGAGCUGUUUGGCCAGAUCGGACCCUGCAAGAGCUGUAAAAUGAUCGUGGAUGUGAGUUCAACAGCAGGUCACGAUCCCUACUGCUUUGUGGAAUUCUAUGAGCAUAGACACGCCAUGGCCACCAUUGCGGCUAUGAACGGUCGGAAAAUUCUGGGUAAGGAAGUCAAAGUCAACUGGGCAACGACGCCGACCAGCCAAAAAAAGGACACCAGCAGUCACUUCCAUGUCUUUGUCGGAGACCUGAGUCCUGAAAUCACCACAGACGACAUAAAAGCUGCAUUUGGUCCUUUUGGGAAGAUAUCUGAUUGUCGGGUGGUGAAAGACAUGGCCACCGGCAAGUCCAAAGGCUACGGCUUCGUGUCCUUCUUCAACAAAUGGGACGCCGAGAACGCCAUCCAGCAGAUGGGAGGCCAGUGGCUGGGAGGAAGACAGAUCAGGACCAACUGGGCCACACGGAAGCCCACGCCCAAAACUACCAAUGAAACAAGCAACACGAAGCAGCUGUCUUUCGACGAGGUGGUGAACCAGUCCAGUCCCAGUAACUGCACCGUCUACUGCGGAGGAGUGACAGCAGGUCUCACAGAGCAAAUUAUGAGACAAACUUUUUCACCCUUUGGCCAAAUCAUGGAGAUACGUGUUUUCCCCGACAAAGGCUACUCCUUCGUGAGGUUCAACUCCCACGAGGCGGCCGCCCAUGCUAUCGUGUCUGUAAACGGCACAUCCGUGGAAGGAUACGUGGUCAAGUGCUACUGGGGCAAAGAAACCACAGACAUGGUCAGCCCCAUACAGCAGGUACAGAUGCCACAGAGCACGGUGAGCUUCGCGGCGCAGCCCUACAGCCAGUGGGGGCAGUGGUACGGCAACACGCAGCAGAUCGGUCAGUACGUGCCCAACGGCUGGCAGGUGCCCAGCUAUGGCGUCUACGGGCAGACCUGGGAUCAUCAGUGCUACAACCCUCUUCCUUCUGGCGCCGGAUGGACCGGCGUCGGCGCCGUGAGCAACGGGGGCAUGGUGGAGCCCGGGCAGGGGGUCAACGGCACCGUGCUCGCCAACCAGCCGGCGGGCUACCACACCCACUGAUCACGUGGACGACACCCUGGAGCGGAGCGCCACAUUACGUCUCUCGCUCUUUCUCGUCAACACGUUAUUCUCUCGUUAAGGACGCUGGUCGGGAAUGUUAUCGUUAGCUUACCCCCCCUCUCUCCGCCAACACAUUGUGAGGAGACCUAGCAUCUUCUCUACAUCAUAGUUUGGUCUAAAAAAACAAGACGGUGACCUAAAAGCGUCAAAAUGGCUGGGUUUUGUUUGCAGGAGCCAAAGAGUUCACGCGCCAGACGUGAUCUUCAUUUUCCUCUCCCGAGCCAUCUUUUAGUCCAAGGAAGUUCUCAGGGUGUGGAGUCAUUCUGUGAAAUGUAGGCUAUCACUGAGUUAGCGGAGAAAAAAAACAAAAAUCCCUCCUCCUCCGUCACCGGUCCACACUUAGUGUGUGUGUGUGUGUGAUGCUUUUACACUCACCCCCCUUUCAUCACAAUUAAAAUAGACAAAUUGUCCUUUUCUUCUCUUUUCUUUUGUCACAGUGCUGACCUGUACAAAGAGCUUUUUUCUUUUUCUUUUCCCUGCUGCUUCAUUUGGGGCAGGGGGGGGGCAGCGUCUAAGAAAUGUUGCAGUGACCUUUUUAUGUUUGUUUAUAAAGCGUCGAGUGGCGGUCAACUCUCAUCUUUAUUUAAAAAAACCCAACUAUUUUCAACAUCUGGACUAAACCGCAGGGAAUACUGCCACGCUCGUCUUACUCACCGGCAGACAAAUAUUGCACAACUACUUAAAAAAAAAAAGGUUAACUCAAUUUGAAGUACUUUUUUUUUUUUUUGGCUAUUUUUUUUUGUUUUGUUUGGCAUUCCACCUUUUUUUUGUAAUAUCAUUUGGAAGUCUUAUUGUAAAUAACCAAGCGGUCUGUUCAAUUGUAUCUGUAUAAAGACAUGUGUGUUUGCCUUUUGGA